CUUCAGUGCAAGCAGAGAGUUACAUGGUCCUGGCUCAGCCUGUUGUUGAGGAGCAGGUGGCACAGGAGGGGCACAGGGACUGUAUUUGGAGGCUAGUGGAACCUCCCCAGAAUUUGUGAGCCAGCGCUCAAUGUUUGGGGUCCAGGAGACUUUGGGAAGAGCAGGAACUGCCUUGAGAGACAAAGCGCUGGGAGUUGGAAUGGAUCCAAUCCGGUCCUGGGUUAGGAAUGUUGGAGUAGUGGAUGCCAAGGUGGCAGCUCAGAGUGGGGUGGCAGUGUCCCGGGCUCACUUUGAGAAGCAGCCUCCACCCAACCUGCGGAAAUCCAACUUCUUCCAUUUCGUGCUGGCCCUGUAUGACCGACAGGGGCAACCGAUAGAGAUUGAGCGCACGGCCUUUGUGGACUUUGUGGAGAAUGAAAAGGAGUUCAGCACAGAGAAAACCAAUAAUGGGACACACUACAAACUGCAGCUCCUGUACAGCAAUGGUGUUCGGACUGAGCAGGAUUUCUACGUAAGGCUUAUCGACUCUGUGACAAAGCAGCCAAUAGCUUAUGAAGGACAGAACAAGAACCCGGAGAUGUGCAGGGUGCUGCUUACACACGAGGUCAUGUGCAGUCGCUGCUGUGAAAAGAAGAGCUGCGGGAAUCGGAAUGAGACCCCAUCAGAUCCAGUCAUCAUUGACAGGUUCUUCCUUAAGUUCUUUCUGAAGUGUAACCAAAACUGUCUGAAGACUGCAGGGAAUCCCAGGGAUAUGAGACGGUUCCAGGUCGUCCUCUCCACCACAGUGAAUGUAGAUGGACAUGUACUAGCUGUGUCUGAUAACAUGUUCGUCCACAACAACUCCAAGCACGGGAGAAGGGCGAGGCGGCUGGACCCCAGCGAAGGUACUGACCCUAGUCUGGAGUACGCUACUCCGUGCAUCAAAGCCAUCAGUCCAAGUGAAGGCUGGACAACAGGAGGGGCCAUGGUUAUAAUCAUCGGGGACAAUUUCUUUGAUGGCCUACAAGUGGUGUUUGGGACAAUGCUGGUAUGGAGCGAGCUUAUCACCCCCCAUGCAAUUCGGGUACAGACACCUCCAAGGCACAUUCCCGGGGUGGUGGAGGUGACACUGUCAUACAAAUCCAAACAGUUCUGCAAAGGAGCUCCAGGGAGGUUUAUUUACACAGCUUUAAAUGAGCCUACAAUUGAUUAUGGAUUCCAGAGGCUGCAAAAAGUAGUUCCUAGACAUCCUGGAGACCCAGAACGGUUGGCAAAGGAAAUGCUAUUGAAACGGGCAGCAGAUCUGGUGGAGUCGUUAUACGGAGCCCCUCACAAUAAUCAGGACAUUAUUCUGAAGAGGGCAGCCGAUAUUGCGGAGGCUCUGUACAGUGUUCCUCGGAAUCACAACCAAAUUCCUACACUUUCCAGCUCACCUGUGCACAGUGGGAUGAUGGGAAUUAACUCGUAUGGGGGGCAGCUUGGCAUCAGCAUAUCAGAGUCACAGGCUAAUAGUCAGGGUUACAUCCGGAACACAAGCAGUAUCUCCCCACGAGGAUAUUCCAGCAGUUCCACCCCACAGCAGUCUAAUUACAGCACCCCCAGCAACAGCAUGAAUGGCUACAGCAAUGUCCCCAUGUCCAAUCUUGGAGUGCCUGGAUCCCCGGGAUUCAUCAACGGCUCCCCCACCACCUCCCCCUAUGGCAUAAUGCCCUCCAGCCCACCUGUGGGAUCAUCCGGAAGCUCAUCUAUUCUGCCUUUUUCCUCCACUGUCUUCCCGUCCAUUAAACAGAAGAGUGCCUUUGCCCCUGUCAUACGACCGCAGGGUUCCCCAUCGCCAGCCUGCUCCAGCUCCAACUCAAAUGGUUUCCGAGGUGAGGCCCUGAGAUGUAUGUUCCUUGUAGGAUAGACCUUGGAGAGCUGAAGCAAGCUAUGACAGGUUUGGUGGUGCCCCCCAUGUGAAAGAACUAUGGACUCAAUUUUUUUUCAGUGAGGUGCAACAGAAAAACGUCAAGUUGUGGCUAAAGUUGGACCUGCCGGCAAGGAGACUAAUAUUUGCUCCUGUCCUUGAAACGUCACCAGUCCUCGGUGAGGAGAAGACAACAUGGCAUGGAAUUCCAACAGAAUUUGGAGCAGACGGGAAACCUGUACAGAGCUGAGAGUUCAGCAGACGAUUCCAUGGAAUAUUUUGGAUAUUUUCUCUCCUUUGUAGGAAAAAAAGAAACAGUUUCUAUUUUCAGCCAACUUUUCUGAUACUGACUUUUACUUUUGUCCAACAAGAAGAAAAAAAAAAGUUUUUCAAUGGAAGCGAAACAGGGUACUGGCCAAGGGAGACUCUGCGUUCUUUAUCCGAGAGCAUAAUCCUCUUCCUUCGCUGUGAUGUGUCGACUUAAACACUUACAUUUUCUAAUGUUUUAAUUUGUUUUACAUUAUUUAAAUGAAUAUACUUGUAACUUAUUGUAUUUAGAGGUAGGAACAAAUUAACUAAAUAAAGAGAGAGAGAUGG